CACGCCGGAUUCUAGUCCUGUCCCCUUCCCCCCCUCCCCCCCCUCUCCUAUUGAUAUUAUUGGAGUGUGGAGCAAACGGCCGAUCUGCAGUCGGAGACUCGCAGGCAGCAAAUACGGAGAGGAAAGCGGUCAAGAACGGGGAGAAGGCAGGCGGCGAGAGCUCUGUGCAAGAGCACUGCGAAAUUAAACACAUUGCAGAACAAGCCCUUUAAUACCCACCGAGUGGCAGCAGCGGGAGCAGCAGUGACGAUCGCAUCGUUUCUCUCUUUUUCGAACAUAUAUGUAAAUAGAUAUAUUUAAAACCCUCAAGCUCAUGCACCACCAUGGUUUUCCAAACUAGGUUUCCUUCUUGGAUUAUGUUCUGUUGCAUCUGGCUGCUUCGCUUUGCACACACGGGGGAGGCACAGGCUGCGAAAGAAGUAAUAUUGCUGGAUUCUAAAGCACAACAGACAGAAUUGGAAUGGAUUUCUUCUCCUCCCAAUGGGUGGGAAGAAAUUAGUGGACUGGAUGAAAAUUACACGCCUAUACGAACAUACCAGGUAUGCCAAGUCAUGGAACCUAACCAAAAUAACUGGCUUCGGACUAACUGGAUUGCAAAAGGCAAUGCACAAAGGAUUUUUGUAGAACUGAAAUUUACUCUGAGGGAUUGUAACAGCCUUCCUGGAGUCCUGGGCACAUGUAAAGAAACUUUCAACUUGCAUUACUAUGAAACAGACUAUGACACUGGCAGGAGUAUCAGAGAAAACCAGUAUGUAAAAAUAGAUACUAUUGCAGCUGAUGAAAGCUUUACCCAGGGUGACCUUGGGGAGAGAAAAAUGAAACUUAACACAGAGGUGAGAGAGAUUGGACCUCUGUCCAAAAAAGGAUUCUUCCUGGCAUUCCAGGAUGUAGGUGCCUGCAUUGCUUUGGUUUCUGUCAAAGUAUAUUACAAGAAGUGCUGGUCUAUUAUUGAGAACUUAGCUAUUUUUCCAGAUACAGUGACUGGCUCAGAGUUCUCUUCCCUAGUUGAAGUUCGAGGAACUUGUGUCAGCAGCGCAGAAGAGGAGGCUGAGAACUCUCCUAGAAUGCACUGUAGUGCAGAGGGAGAGUGGUUAGUACCUAUUGGAAAGUGUAUCUGCAAAGCUGGUUUUCAGCAAAAAGGGGACACAUGUGAACCCUGUGGCCGUGGAUUCUACAAGUCAUCUUCGCAAGAUCUGCAGUGCUCACGCUGCCCUAUGCAUAGUUUCUCAGACAGGGAAGGAUCUUCACGAUGUGAUUGUGAAGACAGCUAUUACAGAGCACCUACUGAUCCUCCAUAUGUCGCAUGCACAAGGCCUCCAUCCGCACCGCAGAACCUUAUUUUUAAUAUUAAUCAAACUACUGUAAGUUUGGAGUGGAGCCCUCCUGCUGAUAAUGGAGGAAGAAAUGAUGUGACCUACAGGGUAUUAUGCAAGAGGUGCAGCUGGGAGCAGGGUGAAUGUGUUCCCUGUGGGAGCAAUGUUGGAUAUAUGCCCCAACAAACUGGAUUAGCAGACAACUAUGUCACUGUCCUGGAUCUUCUAGCUCAUGCUAACUACACAUUUGAAGUAGAAGCUGUAAACGGUGUUUCCGACUUGAGCCGUUCCCAGAGGCUUUUUGCAGCUGUUACUGUUACCACUGGUCAAGCAGCUCCCUCGCAAGUUAGCGGCGUAAUGAAAGAGAAAGUGUUGCAAAGGAGUGUGGAGCUUUCUUGGCAGGAACCGGAGCAUCCCAAUGGAGUCAUCACAGAAUAUGAAAUCAAGUAUUACGAGAAAGACCAAAGGGAGAGGUCCUAUUCAACAGUGAAAACCAGGUCCACUUCUGCAUCCAUUAAUAAUUUGAAACCAGGAACAGUAUAUGUUUUCCAAAUUCGUGCAUUCACUGCUGCUGGCUAUGGAAGUUACAGCCCUAGACUAGAUGUUGCUACGCUAGAGGAAGCCACAGCCACAGCUGUCUCCAGUGAACAAAACCCUGUUAUCAUCAUAGCUGUAGUAGCCGUAGCAGGCACCAUCAUUCUGGUGUUCAUGGUUUUUGGCUUCAUCAUUGGACGGAGGCACUGUGGCUAUAGCAAAGCUGAUCAAGAAGGAGAUGAAGAACUUUACUUUCAUUUUAAAUUUCCAGGCACCAAAACCUACAUUGACCCUGAAACCUACGAGGAUCCAAAUAGAGCUGUCCAUCAAUUUGCCAAGGAGUUAGAUGCCUCCUGUAUUAAAAUAGAGCGUGUGAUUGGUGCAGGAGAAUUCGGUGAGGUUUGCAGUGGGCGUCUAAAGCUCCCGGGCAAGAGAGAUGUCGCAGUAGCCAUUAAAACGCUGAAAGUGGGAUUCACUGAAAAGCAAAGGAGGGAUUUUCUGUGUGAAGCCAGCAUCAUGGGCCAGUUUGACCAUCCCAAUGUCGUUCAUUUAGAAGGGGUUGUUACUAGAGGGAAACCAGUAAUGAUUGUAAUAGAAUACAUGGAGAAUGGAGCCCUCGAUGCAUUUCUCAGGAAACAUGAUGGGCAAUUUACAAUUAUUCAGCUAGUAGGCAUGUUGAGAGGGAUUGCUGCUGGAAUGAGAUACUUGGCUGACAUGGGAUACGUACACAGGGACUUAGCAGCACGCAACAUUUUGGUUAAUAGUAACCUUGUUUGUAAAGUAUCAGACUUCGGCCUGUCCAGAGUUAUAGAAGAUGAUCCAGAAGCUGUCUACACUACAACAGGUGGCAAAAUACCAGUAAGAUGGACAGCGCCAGAAGCCAUACAGUAUCGCAAGUUUACAUCAGCCAGUGACGUAUGGAGUUACGGAAUAGUUAUGUGGGAAGUAAUGUCUUAUGGAGAGAGGCCGUACUGGGACAUGUCAAAUCAAGAUGUUAUAAAAGCAAUAGAAGAAGGGUAUCGCUUGCCAGCCCCCAUGGACUGCCCUGCAGGCCUUCACCAGCUGAUGCUAGACUGCUGGCAGAAAGAACGUGCAGAAAGGCCAAAGUUUGAACAGAUAGUGGGCAUUCUGGAUAAAAUGAUUCGGAACCCAAACAGCUUGAAAACUCCUUUGGGAACUUGUAGCAGGCCAAUCAGCCCUCUUCUGGACCAGAACACUCCUGACUUCACCACAUUUUGCUCUGUAGGAGAAUGGUUACAAGCCAUCAAGAUGGAAAGAUAUAAGGAUAACUUUUCAGCUGCAGGUUACAAUAAUCUUGAAACAGUAGCCAGAAUGACUAUUGAUGAUAUUAUGAGCUUAGGAAUCACACUGGUUGGCCAUCAAAAGAAAAUCAUGAGUAGCAUUCAGACUAUGAGAGCACAAAUGUUGCAUUUGCAUGGCACUGGCAUCCAAGUGUGAUAGAUGUUUCUCCCUUAUGAGGGAGGUGACAGACUGAGAGAACAGUGCUGGCCUUCAGUCUACAUGAAGUGCUGCUAGAAGACACAUGAUUUCCUGGGUUCUUCCUGCAGACAACAGAAGGCCCAUAAGAAGCACCUACAGACUUGAACUCCUAAGUGCCACCAGAAAGUUACUUAAAAAGGGAAACCAGAUCCACCGAUGGCGGCAACGAAAGCAGUGACAAUAAACAAAGUACUACCUGAAACACCUACAAACACCUUGAACUCUCUAACCUCCUUUUUAUCUAAUGGACUUUUUAAAGUGUACAUAAAGGAUUUUAAAAUAAAGAAAGAAUAUAUUUGUCAGAUAAAAAUCAUGAUAUUGUUAAAGUCAACAAAAUAUUUUCCUUAAAUCCUUUGAUUUCAGACUCUUUUUUAAAAGAAAUCAGUUAUGUUUCUUCUUCAUAUAGACCUCUGUUUAGUGUGACCUUUAUAUCUUUGGACCUUCUUAGUGCUAAGCAUAUGACACAUUAUUACACUGGGGAUCUUUGAAAGAUUGUAUGAGUUUUCAUAGACACAAGAAGCAUAACUAAGGAACAUGUGUCUGGCUGGCCACUGGGAGAGAUGAGGCAAGGUUACAAUUGGAUUUUCUUUAUGAAAUUUACUUCUGUUAAUUCAAUACCGCUUUGAUGUGGUUUGCUAAUUGGCAGGAAAUCAGGAAAAAGGUUGCCAAGAGUUCUGAUAUUUUUUAAAAAAACAAUUUUGUAUAACUAAUCACAUGCUCUCUUUAAACAGAAUAUGAAUAAAAUUGAAUAUCUAGCAAUAAUAUUCUCUAGAAAAGCCUGGGCACUUUUAAAGGAACUGACUUUAGUGGAUUGCCUGGGUUAAUAGAAACUGCAACAUAAAUUUUUCAAUGAAUGGAUUGUAGGAGUGUCAAAAAAGACAGGUGUAGUGUUGCCUAGCCUUUGAAUCUGAGCACAUUUAUUAUUAUUAUUUUCUCCAGUAUUUCAUAUUAGAAAGUCUAGGAGAACUAAUUGACAUAUGGCUAAAGUAAGAUUAAGUUGAAUGUAAUCCCUCUCAUAAAAAUAAAUAUUUGGAGGUGCAAUCCAGAAAUAUGUAAGCAUACCUGCAACCCAAUGAAGUUAAUGGGAAAUUCUACUGGUAUCAGUUGUUUCGUAGCCCCAGUUCAUAUAUCCUAUGUGUGGUGGUGGAGUAGCCAUGCAUAUGUCAUCAUAUAUGGAGUCACCCCAUGUCAUGUAAUCCUCUUCCCUCCUUGUUGACUGGAAGGAGUUGUAUACUGCUGUACUAUAGAGGAGAACUGGGAUAUCUGCCUUUAGCAUCUAAAAGGAAGCACAGCAUCCAGCAAGGUUGGGGAAUGGAGUACAGAAGCUAUUCCAGAAUCUGACUUUGAUAAAGUAAAAUGAUUCCGUGAAUGAAGGUAUGGGAAAAUGGCCCUCACAUGUUCUGAGGAGUAGAAAAGAAACCCCUCUGGACUUGCAGGGAAUUCUCUUCCAUAUUUCCAGAUCAACAUUGAUCCUAUCAGAAUGCAACAGGUCUAGACCCCAUUCUGCAAAUGCUUCCACCAUUGGAAACCAGGGUUCAAAUCCAGUUUCCUGUGGGAACUUUUCCUGGAUUGCACCUUUGGGCAUAGUCCCAAAGGAAUAUCUGAUGCACAACACAGGGCAGAGAAAAUUAGGCAUCCUUAUGCCUCAAUGAGAGUACAAUGAUUUGAGAACUAAAUUGUGCCAUGUGAUUUUGAUGGGACAUAAGAGUACCUAACUUUCUGUGGAUUCUCAUGUGUAAACCCAGUAACAUGAAUGAGAAUUAAAAACAUCUGUGGGGUUUGCACAGGAGACAUUACUAUCAGAUGGUGCCUUUAGAUUUUCUAUUUGAGCUGUAGAGUGUAAGGCAAAUGGCAGUUUAGAAUUUUUGAGGGUUUUUUUACAAGAUUUUUUGCCACUGUAGGCACAGUCAUUCAAGACUCUGACUGAAGGGUAGCUGUUCAAUGAAGUGACUUUUUUUAAGAUACCAUUUUAAUUUAAUAUAUGUGUACUUGAGUUUUGGUAAAAUGUAGAAGUACUAUAAGCAAUAACAAAGUGUGUUGCAGGAAUAUAUUUAAAAAAGAAGUGAUAAAUGCUGUCAAAAAAUUGUGAAAAUCGUGAGCCACCCCAGCAGUGACUAGCUGUACUUCCAAAGAGAACUGGGCUGCUCCCAUUGGUUUUCAUACUGAAAGAUCCUAGGGAUCAAUCAUAUAAAUUAAGUCUUGUUUGAUAAUGUGGGCAUCCACAAAAAAAUUACUGUAAAUGUUCCUUUGUAAAACUUGUACAUUUUAUUUAUACUGUCUUGUUUUGUACACACAUUUCUGUGUAGUGAGCUCUGAAUACAUUGAAAAUGCACUAUAUUUUUCUAUUUUACCUACAGAGCAUCACAAAAAGAACAUUUUAUUUCAGUGCAACAUGAUGUGUUUUCCUACAUUUAGGACCAAAGAUAGCUACAGGAAACUCAAAUAGAUAAUUUGCCCACCCUCUCCCCCUGCCACAUAUUUUCCCCUUUUAGAUCACUGUACAGGGUUAUAUUUGUCAUUUUAUUUAUUUGUUUGGUUAGCAAAAUCACCUAUUAUACUAUUUUUUUCUUAUUUUCCCCCUUGUUAAAGAAAAUAUGUAAGAAAAAUUGAACAAAAAAUCUUUGAAUUAACAUAAUCCCAUUACAUAGACACUUCCAUUUGUAAUCUUUGUAAUAGACUGUAAAUAUAUUUUUGGAAAUAUAA